GUUUCGAAAGCCGCCAGUUCUUGUCGAGCAUCCAUUGUGAGCGCUUGUGCUUAUGAUUGCAUCGAAAGAGUACCCCGUGUACAUCUUAGACUAAAGCGGAAUUCUUUCUCGUGCUCCGAGUUGAAAGAUGGCGUCCAGUAAAAUCUUCAUUUGCUUACUGAUAGCGAUCCACGUGUGUAGUGUGUUGUCCCUUCACUCUACAGAAAGCGAUCCUUCCUGCUUGACACCAACUAACAAAGCAGGAAAUUGUGUGGCAAUCGAACGUUGUCGGAACAUACUCGCCAUUGUUCGGUCGAAAAAACCACCUAAGCAAAGCGUUCAGAACUACAUAAAAGGUGCCAACUGCACUCUACCCGGUGUAGCGCGAAGUGUAUGCUGCCAACCAAAAGAAGUCGUCCGACGACGAAACUUAUUGCCUGAAAACUGUGGCAAUAUUGUACACCAAAAAAUGGCGGAAGGCAAUCAAACCGAGCCAUUCCAGUACCCGUGGAUGGUGGUGCUUCAGUACUCGAAAAACGGUGCGCAAAGAGAUAGCUGCGGAGGAUCGUUGAUCAACAAUCGCUACGUAUUGACGGCGGCCCACUGUAUGCAAGCUCGGGACGGUUGGAUGCUAUCUAAAGUACGGCUUGGCGAGCAGGAUAAAAGUAAAGAGAUUGAUUGCAUUGUUUAUAGUAAUGGAGAAAAAUCUUGCGCAGAUCCACCGGUGGAUGUAGCAAUCGAAUCAACGGUCGUGCAUUCUCAGUACAAUCCUUCUAAACUCUUGCACGACAUAGCAUUGAUUCGAAUGGUACACUACGUCGAAUUCUCUUACUCUAUUCAGCCCAUUUGUCUACCAGUGCGACAGGAUGUUCGAAAUUUAUCUUUACAAAAGUAUAUUGUGACCGGUUGGGGUAUGACUGAGAAGCUUGUGCCAUCCGACGUUUUACUGCAGGCAAUAAUGGACUCGGUGGCAAUACCGGAAUGUCAAAGAACAAUAACCAAACGUGCCAAUCGUGCUCGCCCUAUCAACCUUUCGGAGAAAUACCAAAUGUGCGCGGAAGGGAAAGACCAUGUAGCCGCUUGUGAAGGCGAUUCGGGAAGUCCUUUAGGGUUCAACGUACGAAACGUGGAGGCAAGAUUUGUUCAAUUCGGAAUUGUAUCGGUAGGAGCCAAUAAUUGCGGUGAGAGGAGUAUCCCAGAAGUUUACACUCGUGUGUCGAGCUAUAUGGAUUGGAUCAUUGAAAACAUGCAUCCGUAAUCGUGAUGUCUUCGUCGAUAUCGGCCUGAUUUGUUCCAGUAUGUCUUCUACGGUACGUUCGAUACUGUUGGAGCGAGUUUCCUACGAUAAACGAUUGGCCAUCGACUCAUCAAGCACCAAAAAAACCUCUGUUUCGCAGAUUGCAAUCCAUUCUGACAUCGCUGCCAUGCUUCUUAUCAGGCAUUGUUUGGAGUAACCGGAUCACUGGAAGCGCGUCGUGUGCUAAUCAGCUUGAGCUUGAACUUGAAUUUCUUGGUCGUAGCGUAAAUUCAUUGAAUGCGCAAUCGCGUCCAGUUCUGCGUCUCUACAUCUGCGUCUCUGCCAUUAUUCUCCGAGUUUCAUGUAUUUUUGGUUGUUAUCGUAUCGCGCUCAGAUAAAUCGUCAAA